AUGCCUUGCAAGCCAGCCAUCGCCUCAAUGUCCCUCGGUCGUGCCUGGGUGCACGACCUGGACGGAAAACUCCGAGAAGCCGCCGGGGCCGGCUUCAAGGGCAUUGAGAUUUUCUACGAGGACCUGGAAUAUCUCGCCAAGAAAGACGGACAAGAGGCGACUUCAGAAACCCUUGUCCGAGCAGCGGAACAGAUCCGAAGAUUAUGUGAUAACCUGGGCUUGACCAUUAUCGGCCUGCAGCCGUUCUUGUUCUAUGAAGGCUUGGUCGACAGAAAGGAACAUGCGGCGAGGAUCGAGAAGCUCAAGACCUGGUUCAAAAUUGUCAAAGCUCUCGGCACAGAUAUCAUACAGAUCCCGUCCAACUUUCAGCAGGGCGGGACUACCGGCGACAUGGAUCUGAUCGUCCAGGAUAUGAGAGAGGUUGCAGACCUCGGUCUCAAAGAGGACGUGCCGGUGAGAUUUGCUUAUGAAAACCUGGCGUGGGGCACCCAUGUCGAUACAUGGGAGAAACUAUGGGAGAUAGUUACAUGUGUCGACCGUCCUAAUUUCGGUUGUUGCCUGGACACAUUCAAUAUUGCCGGCCGCGUCUGGGCUGAUCCUGCCAGUCCCUCAGGCAAAACUCCCAACGCGGACGAAGACCUGAAGGCUUCGCUGGAGAAACUCAUCAAGACGGUCGACCUAAAGAAGGUCUUCUAUGUCCAGGUCGUGGAUGCUGAGAGGAUGGAUCCCCCCCUCACUCAGGAUCAUCCAUUCCAUGUCGAUGGUCAACCCAGUAGGAUGAGCUGGAGUCGAAAUGCAAGAUUAUUCCUCUAUGAAGAAGACAAGGGUGGUUAUCUUCCCGUAGUCGAGGUGGCCCGAGUUCUCCUAAAGGAGCUGGGUUUCGAGGGAUGGGUAUCAAUGGAGCUUUUCUCCCGGACCAUGUCGGAUCCUGACCCCAGUGUACCUCACACGCAUGCGCAGAGGGGAAUCCAGUCGUGGCAGAAACUGGCACGAGAAUUGAGUUUAUAG